GAGGAGGAGGAUGGCUACAGCCUCCCUCCAUCCCGCUCUCUUUCCCUCCUCCCCCUCCUCACGUAGUCUGGCUGAUUUCACUUUUCAUUUCACACACACCCCUCCUCUCUCCAGGAUCCUCCGUCCAUCCCAGCGCACCGAGCGAGGCUACAGCAGCUACACCUCCUCCUCCUCCUCCUCCAGAUUCCCCAUCUCUGUCGGAUUAUAGAUUUGGAAACAGACCGCUUGGCUACGGCGUUGCUCGGUGUCUUGGUCUGACUUAGAUUUGAGAACAACGCGAUGUCAGAGCCAGAGAUGUGAUGAGAGAGGCGCUGGAUUAAAAAAAAAAAGAAAGAAAAGAAAAGGGGGGCAGCAAAAAAAGGUGUAACUAAAGGUAGCGCGCUCAGGAUUGGAAGACACAGAGGCUUCGUCUUGCCGUCAGCAUGGCUGUGAACAUGAUGCCAGCGCCCGCCAUGUGGCCGGGGGAAGAGCAACCGUCGCUGCUGGAUCAGGAGGGCUCUCUGUCGAGCCAAGCCCCCGUCACUGCGCCCUGCCCACCAGUGUUAGCUGAAGAACUCCUCCACAGCAGCAGCAGCAGCCCGGCCAGCACGAGGCCGCCUCGCAGCAAAUCCAAAGGAGAGCUGGUGAUAGUCAUCAACGAGAAGCUGAGGAACAGUAACGGGAUCCACUCGGUGUCCGUGGACAGCACCUCGCCAGUCAUCUCCUCCCCUCCCAGAAGACAGCACUCCAUCUCCUACCCUCACCACGGCAAGACCAGGAAGGGGAGCAGGGCGAGCUCCAUCGGCUACACCGCCUUCUCGCCCAGGCCGUCGCUCUCCCGCCACUCCAGCAUCGCCACCAACCCCCCCUUGGACCGGACCAAGGUCAAAGACUACCUCCUCCUGUCUGUGCUGGCGUGCUUCUGCCCCGUCUGGCCCAUCAACAUUGUCGGAUUCGUCUACUCCAUCAUGUCUAAGAACAGCCUGGAGCAGGGGAACCUGGACGGCGCCGUGCGUCUGGGACGAGUGGCCAAGAUGCUCUCCAUGGUCUCACUAGUAGGAGGGACGGUCAUUAUCAUCGCCUGCAUUGUCAACCUGGCCAUAAAUGUGAAAACCUGAGUUUCAUCCCAGGAUGAAACCGGAUAAGACAACUGACCGUCUGGCCCGCACCUGCACCAACCAUCUUUACCGCCUAGUCAUUACCUGGAUGUGUGACAAAUAUGCACCCCGAUAUACAGUGCUUACUUACAUUUCUCUAAUCUAUAUCAAUCCCUUUUUGCUAAUGAAAGAAAGUAAAGUAUGCAAGUGCUGCUGCACAGUCUAAGGAUGGGAAGGAGGUGGGGUGGGGAGGGGGGAGUGGCGCGUGUGGUGUUUGAUGGGGAAGGGGUUAGGCAGACUAAUCAGUCCCUUUGUAUUCUGGCCAUCGCUCACAACGAUUCUUAAGAAACUUUCCGAGAAUCCAAUCACCGCCCGAAGAAGUUGUGGACUAGAAGACGCGGGGGGGCAAUUGGAAGGACGUUCAGCUCCACGUGCAGGUGUCAACAAAAUGUCCACCAGGUCCACCCUUCACCGCACCAACAACGGGACGCAUCAGCUUGGCACCAAAUCCCAACAGACAGCGUGGCUCUGAGAUUCACGUUGCACCGGAGUCACGCGGCAGAAAAUUCAUCCACUUCCCCCCGCAGAGAAGAAACACCCUCAGUCCGCAGUUCGUCCUCUUGUCUCUGACUGCUGUCCUCUGUGACGCCCCACAUCUUGUGUUUUGAGAGCGAGCGUGCGAAAGGGGAUGAAGGGAGAGACUUCCCGAGGACUAGCCACUGUCGCUAACAUGGAGGGGAUUACGGAAAGAAGGCACAACCACCACCACUGCAAGCGAAAACAUGUGCCAAAUGAAAAAAUCUGGGGGGCGGGGGGUUUGGGGAGGGGGGUCCUGUUUUUGUGAAGACCCUACUUUGAAUUGUUGCGUGGAGGAAGGUCAAAUUUUGUCCCUCCUGCAACUUAACUGUAUAUCCACACGCUGACCACUGUGAGUCUGGAAAGGGUUGACAGAAGAAAAAAAAUAUAUAUAACCCACUGUAGCAAGAAACACUCAUUUUCCAGUGAAGUCGAUGCAUCAUCUACCUUUUGAUAAUGUUUGUAAAAGAUUUUGAAACAGGUUCAGUGCUGUCGGAGUGCUGUGCCGCAGUGGUGGUAGUGUUGUGUGCGUUUGAGCAUCGCUAUUUGGUUAACAAAUGAAAUGAUAGCUUGUGAGUGCAGGCAAAAGACAUGUCCGCACCCACAGGAAGCUUUCACACCAGAUUGCGGCGUCCGUGUCUUGACAAAGCCCUUAAUAGUUCAUUUUAAUGUGUCAGCUUUAUAUACUGUGUUUGUUGUUGAUUUAUCAAAACUCUGGUUCAGGACAGGGCGACGGGGGUUAAGAGUGGCGGCGUGAUUAGCAGCAGUAGGGAGAGUUAAUUAAUGAACCUGGUUUGUUAUUAUUGUCAUAGUAUCUCCUGUGUGUCCUUCUAACCUCUUCUAAACUUAAUCUACCUGUGAUUUCUCACUGUGAUCUGAAACCACCGGGGGUUUCCUCAAGAACCGACCUUCAUUUAGUUCCUGGGUUUUGAGUCGUGUACAGAAACGCCACGAGUCUCCUCACGAGGUCUCACCUGAUUUUCUGUAAAGCUUCCUUUCUUAUAAUCAUGUAAAUUUAAUUGUAACCGGGAGUCGAUGUAUUCUGCAGAUAUGAACCUUAAUAUUGUGAUAAUCCCCCCCUUGAUACUGAGUUAACUAGCUACCCGCAGAAACUGUACUCCCACCGGGGAUUCUGUAAUCUUUGUGGUUUACCGGCAUGUUGUGGAUUUUUUUUUUUUAAUGUAUUUAUUUUUAUUAAUGUACAGUUAUAGAAAAAUGCAAAGAUAAGCUGGCACUUGAAAUAUUAUAACUUCUGCAGCACAUUCAUAAUAAAGACACAAUGCAUGUAA